ACCCGACACAGCUGUGAUUGUUUUCUGCAGAGGAAGUCUGUCUCUGCUAUGAGGUCUGCUGUUAGGAAUUAUAUAGAAGCUUUUUCUCUCUCUCACCCAAACGAUGAUGUGACCAAACACCGUGAUAACAGUCUGAGAGCAGCAAAACGCACAGCAUUGUCGGAUGAACAAAAUCGGGUCUCGCUCGAUCAGACAGUGUGAACGUCUGGAGAACAAGCGCUGAAGUGCCAAAUGCCAAGACCAGAAGAACACUGCUGGAGACGCUCUUGUACAUCGAGGGUGGAAUCUAAGAAUUAUUAUAGGGAAAACUGGGUCGCAUCGAAGGCUGAAGAAAUGAUGUCAAUUAUCACAUCAGUGCUUAGCAAUGUAUACGGCUCGCUGCACAGUGUGCAAACAGCAAACUUAAUCAGACGGGGUCUAGUCCUUUUCACCGUGGGAGUAUUUCUUGCAUUGGUGCUCAACUUGCUACAGGUUCAAAGAAAUGUGACUUUGUUUCCCGAAGAGGUGAUGGCAACUUUGUUUUCAUCGGCGUGGUGGAUUCCCCCUUGCUGCGGCACGGCAGCUGCUGUUGUUGGCCUGCUAUACCCCUGCAUCGACAGCCAUCUUGGAGAGCCCCACAAGUUCAAAAGGGAAUGGGCCAGUGUCAUGAGAUGCAUUGCAGUAUUUGUUGGCAUCAACCAUGCCAGUGCUAAACUAGACUUUGCCAAUAAUGUCCAGCUGUCCCUGACCCUGGCUGCCCUUUCCCUGGGAUUAUGGUGGACGUUUGAUCGCUCGAGGAGUGGCUUUGGCCUGGGCAUUGGGACGGCAUUCCUUGCCACCGUUAUCACACAGCUGCUGGUCUACAACGGUGUAUAUCAAUACACAUAUCCAGACUUUCUGUAUGUGCGCUCUUGGCUUCCAUGCAUAUUCUUCUCGGGGGGAGUGACUGCAGGAAACAUAGGACGCCAGCUAGCCAUGGGUGGUGUAGAGAAACUGCACAACGACUGAACAGAGAUCAGCUGAAGAGGAGCGAGAAGAACGGCAACCAAUACGGAGAACCAGCAUAAUGGAAACAAGUCCGACAUCAUGGGGAGAGACAUUUUAGUUUGAAAGAAAACAGACUCUUAUUUUUUUUUUGCUACUUUUCUGUGCAUUAUAACAAAGAGCUAGCCAGAAUCUCCUUUACCUAAUGUGCCAUGACUUCUGUACCUCCUGGUGGCCAAAAUACCUUUCCCCAUCCCUGUUCGGGUCCAGAUAGCAUGAGGUUAUAAGUUGGCCACUAGGAUAUCCGUGUUAGGGUCCAGAUAGCAUUAGGUUAUCAGUUAGUUGCUAGACUAUUCCUGUUCGGGUCCAAAUAGCAUUAGGCUAGCAGUUAGCCACUAUGCUAUCCCUAUUAGGGUCCAUGUAGCAUUAGGCUAGCUUCUAGCCACGAGCUCUUCACUCACUAUGUCAGGACAGUAUUUGACCUUCCAGUGCUUCGAAAUGAAAAGUUAACUGGUUUCAGAGUGAACUUUUUGCUUUUUGCUGGUGUGUGAGUGCACGCGUGCGUGUGGAUGUGUGCAAGUCUUGACAGAAAAGACGAGGAAAAAAUGUGGAGCUAAAUGUUUGCUUUUUUGUUAUGGCCGAGUACAAAAUUAUCAUAAAAGGGAAAUGUUUCAGAGCUGUGCAAAAAUGUCUGACACUCACAGAGACAGUGACUAGCAGUAUGUCACCUGAUGACAUGUAUUGUAUGUUCCCGAUAUUGUAUGUAAUUCACCAAAAUAAGUAUUUAUCUCUGAGAAAUUAGAAUGCCAACACCUAUAACUCCCAAACCAAAUACAUGAGAUCGCAGAUGAUGUGACCAUGUUUUGAACGAAUGUACCAUGAUGCUACAAUAAGUUAGCAUAUUCAUAGUUGCAGUAAAAUAAGUAAUGAUAAAAAAAGGCACCUGAAUAUGAUCUGGUGUGAAGCUCACCUUUUGGCUGACUUCCUGGACAUGGUGUGCUACCUGGACUUGACCUAUGAACCCUCAGAUUAGUAUAUGAAUGGUUGAUUUUCCAUUUAAAGUUUUCCAGACUAGGCAUUAAAGUUUGGGAACAUACAUUAAGAGAAGGAGAGAGCACAGGACAUUUUUAUUACGGCCUAGAGGAUUUGCAAUCUGUGAUUGCCCUUGUAUUAUACAAUUGAGUGCUUUUGUCACUACCAUACCAGUUCAGUUGUAUUACUUGUACAUAAUUAUAUAUUGCUUACAUGUAUAAUAUCUUCCCUUUAUAAUCAGACCGGUAUUACCACACUUUACCUAUUUAGUUUGAUAGUUGGGGGUCUAGAGGAAUAAAAGUGCAAUCACAUAUAUACUUGAGCCGAUUAUUCUUCCGUAUUUAUUAUUUCUGUAAAUGGUUAAGAGGUGAAACUCUGGAAUUAUAUGCAGUGUGGAUAUAGAAAAUUAGCAGGAAAAUUAGCAAUAACAGCAGUGUUUGUAAAAAAAUAAAGUGUCAGAGAUUACUUGCCUUCUUAGACUGUAUACCAAUGACUAUUCUCACCGUGAGAAGACAAAAAAAACAUUGUGUCAAACCGUUUGUAAAAAAUCUCGUAGUAGUUCAAUAUUCGUAAAUGGGAAGACGGAUGUAUUUAUUAUUCUUUUUUGUUGGUGAUGUAUAGAUCACAGAGAGUUUGGUUGGUACACCUGGUUCGGUUUGAAUCUUUGUUCAAGUUCAGGCAUGUGUCCCAAAUGACACCCUAUUCCCUAUAAAUUAUGUGGGCACUUCCAUGGGGCAGAAUUCAGCGUGUUGUUUUGAUUUUGGAUGGCCAGAUUGCUAGCGCAAAUGACAAACUGCCACGUGGGGAAUCGUAAGUGGCUCGUUUCAGCUCUUUUUAUCUUGUUCUUUAAUACGUGUUUUGAUUGAUUUCAUGUCAGUGCUAAUAUGGCCAAAAUAUGCCAACUAGCUAACCAACAACUGUAACGGUGUACUUCAGAGACGACAAGUGCUCAUUGUGCAAAUAUAUUUGUUUUCAAUAAACAUUGUAGAAGAAAUAUAGCUCACAUGUUGUCAACAAUAUAAGCCAACCCAAUCUGCUUUGCCCCAUAGUUGCGCACUCGUAGGUUUUGUCGUUAAACAACCAACCCGUCUACGUAGUGCACUACUGAACAGCGCCCUUAUGGCCCUACUAUAUAGGGAAUAAGGUUCCAUUUGGCAAGCAGUCCAGGUGUGUUGCUGGGAGAAAAGAUAGCUUUAUUAUUGGGGUGGUUGAAGCACCUAUUAUUUCAAUAUGUAGAGAGUGAGUGUGUGUGUUUCUCUUAUGUCAGCUGUGUGUAAUUUGUAUUACCUUGAAUCCAAGUGGAAAAAUAAAAAAGAAACUCCUA